AUGCGCCGCCGCCUUUGGCUGGGCCUGGCCUGGCUGCUGCUGGCUCGGGCACCGGGUGCCCCGGGCGGGUACCCGCAUCUGGAGGGCGACGUGCGCUGGCGACGCCUCUUCUCCUCCACCCACUUCUUCCUGCGAGUGGACCCCGGUGGCCGGGUGGAGGGGACGCGCUGGCGGCAUGGCCAGGACAGUAUUGUUGAGAUCCGCUCUGUCCAUGUGGGCACCGUGGUGAUCAAGGCUGUGUACUCAGGCUUCUACGUGGCCAUGAAUCGCAGAGGCCGCCUCUACGGGUCGCGGGUCUACUCUGUGGACUGUAGGUUCCGAGAACGCAUUGAGGAGAACGGCUACAACACAUACGCCUCACGACGCUGGCGGCACCACGGCCGCCCUAUGUUCCUGGCACUGGAUGGCCAGGGCAUUCCCCGGCAAGGUGGACAGACACGGCGGCACCAACUGUCCACACACUUCCUGCCAGUGCUGGUCUCGUCUUGAAGGGCUUGCUGGUUAAGGAAGCAUGCACAGCAGAGGAGGCUGGAAGAUCUGGAGUUGGGCAGGAAGGGCCCAGGCCAGAGUCCUGGACCUACACGGGUGUCUGCUGGCGGCCAGGAAUGGAGAUAUGGCAGGGUCCCUAUAGGGCAGGCCAACUCUCAGGGGAUACACAAAACUGGCAGUUUCCACACAUCUAGUUUGGAGGUGGGGACACACCAGGUGGACAGGCUAUAGAGGGCAUGGCCAAGGUUGGUGGUAACAGCAAGACACACCUAUCGUCCCAUGUGGUCAGAGUAGGGGUCAGAGCUAAGAGCAUUUUCUUGCUCUUCCAGGGGACUAAGCUUAGUUCUCCCAGACGAGGUCGCUUACAAUCACCUGUAUGCCCCACUCCAGAGGACCCGACUCUUUUCUGACCUCUGCAGGUACCUGCACUCAUGUGCAUGUACCCUGCUUCCACUCGCCUAAGAUCACAUACUCACACACACACAGACACUCACACGCCUAAGAUCACACACUCACACACCUAAGAUCAUACACUCACACAUACACACACAUAAGAUCACACAUUCAACACACACUCAGACACACACACAUACACACACUUUUUAUUGAGACAGAGUCUCUACAUAUCCCUGGCUGUCCUGGAACUUGCUCUGUAGACCAGGCUGGCCUCAAACUCACAUAGAUCUGCCUGCCUCUGCAGCAAUUAAAGGCAUGCGCCACUAUGCAGGGCUGACAUGGGGCCUCUGGACACUAGAUGGGUUCACUGCCUGUCUUCCCUCAAGUCCCUGGGAGAGACUGAGGACACCAGUGUCAGCUUCUAUCCCAGAACCAUCAACAAUAAAUGUCUUAAGCCUUAGUGAGCAUGUUUGCUCGUCAGAGGCAGGAUGCACGCACCAUGCUAACAGAGAUGGCCAAGGGUACAGUGCCAGCAUCUGUAGGGAAUGGCAGUCUGCAUGGUACCCAUGGCUGGAAUCCUUUCUGCUACCAGGCCGUCAGGGUGGGAUGUGGCUGGCAGCUGUCAUUUAAGCAGCAACCUGAGGAAGCCAAGACUUGUGCCCCAGACGGUAGAGUAGAAGGCAAUCAAAGAAUGACCAGUCGGCUGGCAGCACCGCAGCACCAGGGCUGGAGGACUCGUGCUCCUCUGGGCUCUGCAGACGGGGUGGGCAGUUCGUACCAGUGCUGACAUCAGCGACUGCUCUGGGCUCUUCACGGAAUCUCAGGAGCAGAGCUGGGGGCCUGCUCACCCACAGCAAUGCUGGAGUGGCAUUAGGUGAGCUUAUCGAUGCUGUGAGUCCAGGAAAGUGGUGUGUGGACGAGACUGAGGCUCCCUGGUCACAGGCCCUACCACGUGGUCACCCACAGGCAGGGCUGGCAACAGACAGCUUCCCCUCCAAGCAGC